AUGAGCUCCGAAUACCUAAAGAUUUCGAAAGAAUCUUAUGAGCUUUACAAAAAGUAUCAGAACACUGUACAUGAAAGGAAUGUAGCAGGAGCAGCAGCAUCAGCAGCAAGAGCAGCGACAGCAAUCGCGCAUGACUCGCCGUUGGCGAACGUCACGUCCGAGAUCGAGGAACGUCGGUGCGACCUGAUCGGCCGCCAUCGGGAGCUCAGGAACAAAGUCUCUACGAUGGAACGCUCCAUCCCGGCUCUGUUGGCGUACAACAUGUGGAUGACAGAGCGAGAUUGUCGCGACGGGCCAUACGACAAAGUACGAGAGAUCAUGAAUAAGUUUUCGCCACAGCCGGACCCCGCCGACAGACUCCUUGGCGAAUUGAAGAGCGCGGUCGACGGCCUGCACCAGGAAACGACACAGUUGCAUGACAAGAUUAUAGACGCGGAUGUGAAACUGGAAGAAACUGGUAUGGAGUUGGAGUCCCUGGAGCUGGUUAAUAAGGAGAUGGAGGAAAAAUUAGCAGAAUUGCGCAAAGAAAUACAAAGGCGCAGUACACCCAGCCUGCAUUCCAUUCAUUCGGAAGAUCUCAUAUGUCUGGGAAAGAUUCGUCAGCUCGCCGAGGAAGAGUUGAAACUGAAGAACUGUAUCAGAGAAUUGGAAAACAAGGAGUUCACGUACAGACGGCAAAUGGGCAAGCUGUUGUCCUGCAAAAAAUUUCAGCGGGACAACGGAAAAAUGACGGAACGCGUGCAGGAGUCGAGGGAAACUGGUAAAAAGUUGUUCGAUCCAUCGGAAGAUUGCACGCGAAAUAAGUACUCCAUAAAGAAGAAAUAUAAUCUUGAAAAUAAGAAUCGAAAGACUUGCUGCUCGUGUGCGACGUCAAUAACUGCUUGGGGAAAAUCGCGUCCACCACUUCCAUGCUGCGUCCCUCUGGAACGUCAUGUAUCACGUGCGACCGCGAGUAAAUCGCGCGAUUGCAUUUGUUGCAAAUCUUGUCGACGAGUUUCUUCCACCGCAUCCAGACCUACGUAUUCGCCAAAGCCUCCCUACGAGUCUCUAUUCGAGGUCGCCUCGAAAACAGAUGUACCGCGACCAUUUAAACAAUUAACGCCACCUUCGGUGCCGUGUGAUCCUAAUAAAACGUGCAACGAGUGUACUAGUCCUGGCGCAUGCAAGCAAAUUAAUGUCUACAGGUACAGUUGCGAAAAAAAAGUUCACAAAGACGAAUUAAUGAUCAUAUGUGAUUGCAGUGUUAGAUCGUUGGGUGCUUUUCAAUCAGUGCCAUCGGAGAUGCAUUCGGGAUCGGAAACAAAUAACAGCAGUAGUGACGAGGAGUUUUGCGAAUGUUGCUCCUGUGGUUGCGAAGUCGACGAUUUAUUGUAGCAAUAUUACUUAAUAUUUGAACUUUCAAAUAUAUUCCUAUUUCUUAUGUUUAUAAAAUUAUUAUUAUAAAGAAAUAUUAUAAGAAAGAUAAUAUCAUUCACGUAUGUUCCAAUAAUCGAUAAUAGUAAUUUGAAAAUGUGUUCUAAUACAAAAAGUUCAUUAGAAGA